CGAUGUCCCAUCAAGCCAGACCUGCUUUGCUAUAGUUUAGGAGCUGGGAACUGGCUCGGCCAAUCAAAGGCGGCUAUCGAAAUGGAACUGCCGGCUCAUGACGACGGCUCGCACCAGAUGGCCGACCGCGCCUCGAAGUGCGAUGCACCGCCACUUGCACAUUGGAGAUUUCGACGAGCCAUGGCCGCCCUGCCCGAGUCGCUGCUCAUCUUUGCCCUCGUCCUUGGCGGUGCCACGGCGCUCUGCGGCCACCGCUACAUCCAGCACAUUGGGCUUACGCUUCUUCUCCUCGAGUACUUUUUCAUUCUGACGCUCAACCAAGUCGCGGCCGUCGUCACCGUCCUCGCGCUCACCGUGUACCUCGUGAUCGCCAAGUCCCGGCACGUCCUCGCCGACUGGGCCUACGCCGGCCUCCGCGCCGUCGUUUGCCUCGGCGGUAUCCUCGGCCUCUGCCUCUUUCUCUACUACGCCAACGCGACGACCCUCGACGUCGUGACUCUUGGCUGCUGCGGCGCGACGGCGGUGAUCUUUGUCGGUAUGUUUGCCUUCUGCGACGACCGUGUGAGCUUCAUUGUGACGACCUCAGUGCUCGGGACCGUUCUCGUGAUCACCACGGCGGCUCUGUGGGACAAUGACGCCCUCGUGCUGCAGAUCUGGCAUCUUCCGAGCGCGGCCUUCCUCCUGCUCUUGAGCUGUAGCGUGCAGUGGCAUGUGGCCCACAUGAGCCCUGCACCGAGCACGCGCUUGCUCUGGGAGACGCCACGUCACAGCAACGUCACGGCGCCCGCGACGCCGACGCCCAAGGCCGACAUUGCCGCCACACCACGCGACAAUGAGGCCCACCCGCCGAGUAUUGUCUGAUGGCAGUCACCAGGAAACCAAUAAUUUAUUCUUCCCAUGACAUUCCACA